GCUGCGAGCAGCGGGCAAAAGCUCUUCGAUGAGCUCAAGUCCGUGGACCCAGAGGCUAGCAAGGAAGACUACUACGACGCUGCUGGUGAUUUCUGGGACGUCGAAGGGCUCGAAGACGACUUGCGCUUGGCAAAGGCUGCAGCUAGUGCGCCUGCUGCUGCGGCCAGUGCCACCCCUGCCGCGCCAUCAGCGGCCGCGGCACCAGCUAACCAGGCUGCGAGCAGCGGGCAAAAGCUCUUCGAUGAGCUCAAGUCCGUGGACCCAGAGGCUAGCAAGGAAGACUACUACGACGCUGCUGGUGAUUUCUGGGACGUCGAAGGGCUCGAAGACGACUUGCGCUUGGCAAAGGCUGCAGCUAGUGCGCCUGCUACGGCCAGUGCCACCCCUGCCGCGCCAUCAGCGGCCGCGGCACCAGCUAGCCAGGCUGCACAGAAGCUCUUCGAUGAGCUCAAGUCCGUGGACCCAGAGGCUAGCAAGGAAGACUACUACGACGCUGCUGGUGAUUUCUGGGACGUCGAAGGGCUCGAAGACGACUUGCGCUUGGCAAAGGUGCCAGGGCAGCAUGCUACGUCCUCAUUAGUAUCCUUCUUAGAACCUGAUCUUCGCGAGCAGUUAUGA